AUGAAGAAGAAGAUGGGAUCGGUGCUCGGAUGGGCGGCCAGGAUUCUCCCGCAGUCCACCAGCGGCGGCAAGGGGCUCGGCGCGGAGCGGCGGAGCGAGAGCGAGGUGGAGCGGCGCGUGGUGGAGGCGCUGCGGCGGCGGAGAGAGGAGGAGGAAGCUUCCGGGAAGAAGCGCAUCGUGCAUUUCAAUACGCUGGUGAUGAAAUUUGCCAAGUCGGACGAGGCGUUCAAGCAAAUCCGCAAGCAGUUCGACCAGUACGACAAGGACGCGAGCCAAUCAAUUGACCUGGAGGAGCUUCGAACGUGCCUAUCAGCGCUGGGCGUGCAGAUAGAGGAGGAGGAGGUGAUGCAGCUGUACCGCGAGGCUGACAUGGACUGCUGUGAUGGCGUGCACUUCAAAGAGUUCAUUCUGCUGCUCGCGCUGCUCUACCUGCUGCAACCCAACGCGCACUUCGGUACACCAGAGGUGGAGGACGCGUUCGGGCUGAUAGCAGACGCGUUCAACUUCUUUGACACCACGGGGGAGGGCUUUCUCACACAGGCCAAGGUGCAGGCCGCCAUGACCACUGGCAGGGACUCCUCCCCCAGCCGCAUCGCUGGGCAGAGAUUUGACAAUAGGGCAAGGCCGGUGGGCUUUCUCUUGCAGGCCAAGGUGCAGACCAAGGUGCAGGCCGCCAUGAGCAGCGGCAGAGACUCCUCCCCCAGCCGCAUCGCUGGGCAGAGAUUCGCCAAGAUGGACUACAACCCGGACGGGCAGUGCACGUUCUCUCGUUUCCUCCCUAUAUCUGUCUCGCUCGCAAUCUUACGCACCCACGCGCCAUCCGGGAUGGACUACAACACGGACGGGCAGUGCACAUUCAAGGAGUUCCUGUUCGCCCAUUCCUCUCCGUCUUUCUGUUUACCUUGCUCCCUCACUUCCUUACGCACAUUCGCUCCUGAUUCACCAGCUGAGAUGGAUCAACUCUUCACCAGCUGGGUUGAUGGAUUCACUCUUACACAUUCUCACCCUCCCCCUGACCCACCUGCAGCUGAGAUGGACUACAACACGGACGGGCAGUGCACGUUCAAGGAGUUCCUGUUCGCCUCGGAGAUGGACUACAACACGGACGGGCAGUGCACGUUCAAGGAGUUCCUGUUCGCGUAUGUGGGGUGGGUGGGCACUGCGGAGGAGGAGGAGGACGAGGAGGAAGAGGAGAAGGAGGAGGAACGUAGCAAAACCCCUAAAACCCCAAAGACGCCCAAGUCCCCCAGCAAGUCUCCUAAGUCUCCCAAGUCGCCCCGCACUCCCAGGCAUUCGGGGGGGCAUAGAUGA